GGUUACGCUUAUCAACGUAGGCACUCAUAAGCACCGUGUAUAUAUUUAAAGUAACUCAAACGCAUUAAUGCCUUUAUUUAUUUUUUUGAAACGGCAGUUGGACUUGCGUACUGUCAAAUCAUCAAAUGUUUUGCUGCCGAACCUAAAAACGCAGAACGCAGUAAAGUUGGAGCCUCCAGUGAAGUAAAGCCCGCAUCUGCUGUGUGUGAUAACGUCUGGGUGUCCAUUUAGAAGUUGUAAGUCCAGAUGUAACUCAUUUCACGUGUAAAUGAUCUAACAGAUCUCAACGACGCUAACCGUUCGUCAAUUAUAAAGUAAGUUGCAGUACAUUUAAUUAGGCUGCUGCUGUCAGCAUGGAUUCGUAUCAUGUGUUGGAGCUGGUCGGAGAGGGCUCAUUUGGCCGAGUUUAUAAAGGAAGGAAAAAAUACACUGGUCAGGUGGUGGCUCUGAAGUUCAUGCCGAAGCUGGGCCGCUCUGAAAAAGAGCUACGAAGUCUCAGGAGGGAGAUUGAGAUCAUGAGAGAUCUUCAGCAUCCCAACAUUGUCCAGCUCUUCGACAACUUCGAGACGGAAUCAGACGUUGUGGUUGUAACAGAGUAUGCGGAGGGUCAGCUGUUCCAGAUUCUUGAGGAUGAUGGGUUCCUACCAGAAGGCCAGGUCCGUGAGAUUGCGUGCCAGCUGGUCUCUGCUCUCUAUUAUUUACACUCCCAUCGUAUUCUCCACCGUGACAUGAAACCACAAAACAUACUGUUGGGGAAAGGCGGGGUGGUGAAACUGUGUGACUUUGGGUUUGCCAGGGCUAUGAGCGUCUCCACCUUGGUGUUGACCUCUAUAAAGGGAACACCGUUAUACAUGUCUCCUGAGCUGGUGGAAGAGAAGCCAUAUGACCACACUGCUGAUCUCUGGUCGUUAGGGUGCAUCCUUUAUGAGCUCCACACGGGGGCGCCUCCGUUCUACACUAACUCCAUCUUCCACCUGGUGCAACUUAUUGUAGGAGACCAAGUGAAAUGGCCAGACACCAUGAGCAACACCUGCACGAGUUUUCUAAAAGGUCUGUUGACCAAAGAUCCUCAGAAGCGGUUGUCAUGGCCUGACCUCCUCCACCAUCCCUUUGUGGCUGAUGGUGUUCUAGUGCUUUCAGACACAAGUGACAGCCCCCUGACAGUCACACCCACUCCAGACAUGCUGGCACUGAAACUCCAACAAGUUGCAGCAAAGACGGUGCCAACGGUUGCAGGCGGUAAAUUAUUAAGAAAGGCCAGAGAACAGAGAGACGACAGUAACAGAGGGAAACCUGUGAAAGAGAAGAAUAGAGUGGAAAAAGAAAGGGCCAACCCUGCAAUGGUGGAAGCAUCCUCUAGAGCCAAGUCCUCCUUCCCUGAUGUCUCCGUUACCCCUGGUCAUGGGGUCACGACACCUGACAAUCAAAUCCUCAAGGCAAAAGUUCAAGCCUGCAUGAGAUCAAAACACAGGGGUCAGAUAAGCAGAGAUUAUGAGCAGGAAUUCCCUUCUAUAGAGGUCGGACCACGACUAGUACGCAGAUGCCAUGGGGACAGUGAGACCACACUAUACAAGCAGGACUUCAACACGGAGGAGUACUGGGAGAAACUGGCCCAAGAGUCAGACCCAACCAAGUUGCAGCAAGACCUUUUAAACUGGGAUACAGUCAUGCCUCAACUUAAAGCUAAGGUUCUUGCCUUUAAAGCUCAGCUAGCGAGUGGUGUGGCUAAGGAAGCUUGGCGGAUUCACCAACCAUUGAAGAUCUUGUAUAACUUGAUUCUGACUUCUGACCCUGACAAGUUAAACCACAUCAGCCAAGAACUUGGCCUGCCCCAUGUCCUCUUUGACCUGAUCAGUGAUACUAUAGAAAAAUCCAAUUCGAUAAAGCAUUCAUGGACAGUGGAAGCGCUUGGAGGUUUCAUUGUUGUGCUCUUGCUCUACUGGGACAAACACUAUGACUGGAUGGAAGGAGAACAUAGACUGGAGGAGUUUACCAAGCCCUUCGCCACUAUUUUCCAUCAUCCGGACCUCGUUACUCUGGCACCUUUGGCUGCGUCUGUUUUGUCUCUCUUCGCCCAACACGUUGACGUCAGCCUUGAUACUGAUGAACUGAACGCUUUGCUGAAGAACCUGCUCUUGGACUCACAUAAGCCUCUGCUUUCUCUUCCCUCCGGCUGGGGACACUGUGAUGGAGUACUUUCCCUAAUCCUACACACACUCUCCGAGGAAAAACAUGUCUCUGGAUCAUCGUGUUUAGAUCCAGUUACUUUUAGGGACUUGUGGAGGAAAAUUGGUGCUUCACUAGCAAUGGAAACUUCAGACACAGACUUUUGUACAGCAAAUGGGCUGUACUCGUUUCUGUCUGCAUCGCUGCUCGUCUUCACCAAGGACCCGUACUCUUCCAUUCCUCUGUUUUCUGAAAGCGACUCAAAAUGCGUGUACACACUUGGGCGGCUGCUGGGAACUGACUGUCUUCAUUUGUUUGCUGAAGGCAAUCCAGGGAGAAAACAGCCUGAACCUAGUCACGAGAGUCUGAGUGAAUUAAGCUGCCACUUGUUGUGUUUUCCGUUUGCCUUGGACCUGUCUUCACACACCAUGUCCACAGUUCUCCAGCUGUAUGACAGCUGCGGUAUUGUCACAAGCCUCAUGCAGGUAAUUCAGACUCUUCCUCCUCCUCUACUAGAGGUGCCUCUCUCCCUGCUGAGCCGUUUGCUACUGUGUGACCCCGGGCGCUCGGUUUCCCAUCUCAGGAAGACUGCUUGUGAUUUUUUCAUGCUGCCCAGAAAUGGCCAGCGCACCGCCUCCAAACACCAGGCAUCACUAACCAGAACUGCCAGUUCGUUGCUCGCUGACUUGCUGCAGCUGGACGUGUUGUGGGACUCUGCUGUGGAGCUCCUAACGCUGUUGGCCCAAGUAGCCCGAUGUUCUGCUCAGCCCAGCUGUCCUCAGCUUCAGCUGGAAGCCUCAGUGCUUCACCAGGGUCUGCAUCACUCGUAUGACCAGAUUAGAGCUGCCACAUGCAGACUUGUGGCAAAUUUAGAUCCAUUCAGACUUCCCACCCAGCAGCCUGACGUUUUCAAAAACAUCACAAACUGUCUUCAUGAUCCCUGCUUGCCCGUGCGCCGAAUGGCCUGCAGAGCCGUUGGGAACUGGCUGGGAUAUAUUUCAGCAGAGGCAGGGUUUAAAGCGGCUCGGUCCAAUGGAAAGGGCAGCGACUUUGUGGGGUGGGGCAAUGAGAAAAAACAAAAUAAAAACAAACAGGGAGAGGGCGAUGAGGAGGGGAGCAGGUGGACUGAAGAAGCCAGGAGGACGGCUGCCAAGCUUGCGUCACUGAUCACUGACCCCGAUGCCCACACGCGGCGCCACUCUUGUGCCGCCUUGGCAAACCUGCUAAACGUGGACGGUGCUGCGUCCUUGUUGUUGGAGGAAGACGUGACAAGUUUACUUCUAAAAGCUGCCUGCACGGAUUCCCAUGAUGCAGUGAGACAAGCUGCCAUAGCAACACUGUGUCUGUAUGGCCAGCAGGACUCAACACGUCAGGUCCUGAUUUCUCUACAGGCCAGUGACAAACUUCUUGAAGCAUCUCAUCAUGCGCCUCACUGUGAUUAUCAUCAGCUUAUUGAACUGCUAUGAGUGUGUACAGCUUGUGUAACCAUUGUUUAUACUUUGUGAUUUUCCCUGAUUAUUUUUAUACUUGUAUUUUCAAAUGAACCUAAAAUCCUACUUUGAAUAACACACGUCUUAAUUAAACACUCUUGCAGUUGUAACUGUGCGUUAAAAUAAAAAAAAAAACUUUGCUCAGUGUUUUACCCGACGUUUUAUCUCUGCUUUAUGGUCUUUCUCGGUGCGAUCUUAUCCAGCAUCCGUGAAACAGCAGACUAAAUGUUUAAUAAACUUUAUUCUCUA